GAAAAGGGAAGGGUACAUUAUCCGGUGUUCCUGUCACGCUCCACAGAAGAAGAGUUGUCAGACUUUAAUUAUAUUGUGGACGUUUCUCUUUAAUGUGGUUUUGUAGUUUAAAAAAGAAAGAAAGGUUAAUUGGACUUGAGGACUUGUUGGCUCCUUUCUCCUGCAUUUCUACGCGCUGUGCCAGCACAGCUGUUUGCGCACCUGAGUCCUGUGCAGCGUCAACAUGACGUUCAUGCAUCUGAGCGACUAAAACUAUCAUGGUGACAUUACUUACCGAUGACAUGCCUGCUGUGGUGAACCUUGGCAAAUGCGCAAUCUUUCCCUGUGGAAUAACCAGCGGAGUCCAGGUGUCAUCAGGGAGAGCUGAUGUGGCUGUUUGGAGGAGCGCAUCAGUUUGAUGUCAGCUGGGAUUUGACAGAGCGCAGGAGUUUGGGAUGAAAGAGAAACCUUAGAGAGACAAUUCCCCGCUACUUUUACCUGGAUUCAACACGAGCUGCCCGGAGCCAUGGCCUCUGAGGUGGUGUGCGGGCUGGUCUUCAGGUUACUGCUGCCAAUGUGUCUUGCAGCUGCUUGCCUGUUCAGGUACAAUGCCCUGUCCUUCGUCUACCUCAUCUAUCUCCUGCUUAUCCCUCUCUUCGCAGAGCCCACAAGCACAACAAUGCAAGGCCACACAGGGCGGCUGCUGCAGUCCCUCUGCUUCACCAGUAUGUCUUUCCUGCUGGUCCACAUCAUCUAUCAAAUUACCAUCAACAGCCUCCUGGCGGGGAAGUCCCUCUCGCCUGACUUCAACUGUUCCACGUGGGAGAAAUCCAUAAGACAAAUUGGAUUUGAGAGUGUGAUCGGUGCAGAUGCGGGGAACGGCAUCCGAGUGUUCAUCCCUGACAUCGGCAUGUUCGUGGCCGGCUUGGCUAUCUGGCUGCUGUGUCGCAGUCUGGUCCAGAAGAGGCCGCCUGAGGACAUGGCCCAGUACAACACUGACUUCGAAGCAGAGGAACAAGAAGAAGAGGAGAAGCUGAGCCUGGACGACAACAUCCUGCUCGAGGAGGACUUUGAAGCGGGGUACGAGGCCGAGGAAGAGGAGGAGGAGCUGGACGAGGAGGAAGAGGAGGAGGAGGAGGAGGAGGAGGAAGCAAAGGAGAGCACUAAGAUGAAGAUCCUGCGGCUCGUGGCGGAGGUCGCGUCCAAAGUGAAGGAGAUUAUCGGGAACUUGAUCACGACUGCGGGGAAGGUGGUGGUCACCAUCUUGUUGGGCAUAGCAGGUAUGAUGCUGCCCUCGUUGACCUCGGCUGUCUACUUCUUCAUCUUCCUGUUCCUGUGCACCUGGUGGUCUCUCUGCCGGACCUUCGACACGCUCAUCUUCAGCUGCAUGUGCGUCCUGAUGGCCAUCUUUAGCGCCGGACACCUCAUUGUCCUCUACCUCUACCAGUUCCAGUUCUUCCAGGAGUCCAUCCCAGCGGACAAUGUUACCAUUGUAUUUGGCAUCUCCCCCAUUGUUAAGAGCGACUGCUCCUACACGUGGAAGCUCAUUGUGCACCCGGAUCGUAAGUGGUACCACUUUGUCAAUCCCAUCAUGCUGCUGAUUCUCUACUACACCCUGGCCACGCUCAUCCGCCUCUGGCUGCAGGAACCCAUCGACCAGCUGACGGACGUCAAGGAUGACGAUAUGUGUGAGGAGGAAGAUCUGGAUGGAAAUAACUCCGCCAACAGGAAGAGGCAGCUGUGGUGGGAAUCACGGCAGGGCACGGACGAGAAAAACCUCCUCUCCACCCAGGAUGGCAUCAGUACAACUGAGGCUGUGCCCACCGCAAACGGGACGUCCUUUGACUUCGUCACAACUGAGAAUGGACCGGUCUGCCUGGACUUGUAUUCCACCCCCCAGUAUAAAAUGGACCAGCCCAGUGACGGUACAGAGAAGAAGGAAGACUGUGUGUAUGAGGUGUCUAUGCCCCCCGAGGACACGGUGUCAGAGGGAGGAGAGGGGAAGUCUGAGAUAAAGAAAAGAGGAGUCAGUGCGAUGGUCAAAAUCUUCCACUUUGUCAUGAAACAAAGCUACAUCUGUGCGCUCAUAGCCAUGAUGGCGUGGAGCAUCACAUACGUCAGCUGGCUGACAUUUGUCUUCCUCAUCUGGUCUUGCAUGCUGUGGAUGGUGAGGGACCGCAGGCGCUACGCCAUGCUGUCUUCCCCCUUCAUGGUGGCCUACGGCAACCUGCUGAUAGUUCUGCAGUACAUUUGGAGUUUUGAGAACAUGAAACAUGAAGAUUACUCGGGCUUCUUUGUCAAGAAGAAAAACCCUUUCCACUCACUUUCAUCCAAGGUCAUGUGUCUGCUGACCUUCUGGCUGCUGCUGAGACAAACGCUGACAGAGAGACAGGAAAAACAAAAGGAAGACAGCGCUGGUCUCUCAGACGUUUAUGUGGAGGAUCAGAAGAAGAAGGAGGAAGAGGACUCUGAGGAGGGAGGCGAGCAGGACAUCAUGCAGGUUCUGGGCAACAUGGUCAUGGCGCUGCUGAUCAAAUACUGGAUCUACAUCUGUGGUGGCAUGUUCUUCAUCGUCAGCUUCGAGGGAAACAUCGUCAUGUACAAGAUCAUCUACAUGAUGAUGUUCCUCUCCUGCGUGGCGCUCUACCAGGUGCACUACGAGUGGUGGCGAAGGAUCCUGAAGUACUUCUGGAUGUCGGUGGUGAUGUACACCAUGCUGGUCCUCACCCUGGUGUACACCUUCCAGUUUCAAAAUUCGAAUACCUUCUGGAGAGGCCUGGGACUGGACGACAAGCGCUUGGUGGACCUCGGCCUGGAGCGGUUUAGUGUCGCCAUUCUGUUCACCAGGAUUUUCAUUCCCACUUCCUUCCUGCUGGUGUGUAUUCUCCACCUGCACUACUUCCACGACCGCUUCCUCCAGCUCACCGACCUCCAGGCUGUAAUGGCAAAAGAGGAGAGCACUAUCUACAGAUUGGUGCACCAGGACGGCAGCCUGGCAGACCUCACCAUGCUCAGCGCCAGCUCGGUGGAGGCGACGCUGUCCAGAGAGGCCGCAGGAGGAGCAGGGGAGCAGGGGGAGCAGGGGGAGUGGGCUACGGAGAAGGAGAAGGUCCUGGUGGUGGUGAUGGAUGACACCGACAUGACUGCCGAGAAGCCCAGGACCUUCUCCGACCCGCAGAUGACCAGCACAGAGGAGAGCCAACACUGCAGCGCGGGGACGGAGCCGGAACCGAGCACCGAGCAGAGCUCAGAUCUGAAGAAUAAAUGGCACCUGGUGGUCGAUCGUCUGACGGUGCUCUUCCUGAAGUUCCUGGAGUAUUUCCACAAACUGCAGCUGUUCAUCUGGUGGUUACUGGAGAUCCACAUCAUCAAGAUCCUGUCCUGCUACAUCGUCCUGGUUUCUGUCAAAGAGGUUUCUUUGUUCAACUAUGUGUUCGUGGCGUCCUGGGCCUUCGCUCUGCCCUACAGUCAGUAUCGGCCGCUGGCCUCCAGUGUUUGCAGUGUCUGGACGUGUGUCAUCAUCGUGUGUAAAAUGUUGUACCAGCUGAAUUCUAUACAGCCUCCGACCUACUCCAAGAACUGCUCGAUGCCAGCAAGCUACCCAAAGGACAUGCGGGAGUCUGUGCUGUAUAAGGCUCCGGUGGAUCCGGCUAACUGGGUGGGCCUGGCGAAAUCUGGUGACCUGCUGGGCUACCUCAGGAACAACCUCCUGAUGCUGGCUCUGUUAGCAUUCGAGGUGACCAUCUACCGCCAUCAGGGAUACUUCAGACUGAGGAACAAACUGUCGCCUCCCGCUGCCAGGAUCAUCUUCCACGACACCACACGGCAACAUCUGGACAUCGGCAUCAUCAGCUUCAUCAAAUACUUCAUCAACUACUUCUUCUACAAGUUUGGACUUGAGACGUGCCUGCUCUUAGGGGUCAAUGUUAUUGGGCAGCGCAUGGACUUCUUCGCCAUGCUUCACGCCUUCGCCUUGAUUGCCGUCAUGUACAGACGCAGAAGGAAAGCCAUCGCUGAGAUCUGGCCCAAGUACUGCUUCUUCCUGGCCUGCAUGUUAACUUUCCAGUACUUUAUCUGCAUCGGGAUCCCCCCAGUAGCCUGCACAGACUAUCCCUGGAGGUUUCCCAACUCUACCACAGACUCCAACGUGGUCAAGUGGUUCUAUAUUCCAGAUUUCCGCACCCAACCCAAUCCAUCGUUCCUCAUAUAUGACUUCAUGCUGCUGCUGUGCGCCUCGAUGCAGAGGCAGGUCUUUGAUGAUGAGAACAAGGCGGCAGUCCGCAUCAUGGCUGGAGACAACGUAGAGAUCUGCAGAGACCUGGACGCAGCCUCUUUCAGCGUGCACAACCCCGUCCCCGACUUUAUCCACUGCAGGUCCUACCUGGACAUGCUGAAGGUCAUCAUGUUUAGCUACCUGUUCUGGUUUGUCCUCACCAUCAUCUUCAUCACGGGCACCACACGCAUCAGCAUCUUCUGUAUGGGCUACCUGGUGGCCUGCUUCUACUUCCUGCUCUUUGGUGGUGAGCUGUUGCUCAAACCAAUCAAAAAGAUCCUGCACUACUGGGACUUCCUGAUUGCCUACAACAUCUUUGUAAUCACCAUGAAGAACGUUUUGUCUAUCCUGGCGUGCGGCUACAUCAACAGUCUGAUGGAUAACCGAUGCUGGUUUAUCCAGUUGUUCAGUCUGGCCUGCACCAUCAAGGAAUACAACGUCAACAUCACCAAAGCAGAAGCGAAGGGGUGUGAGAUGCCUAGCAACGAGGCCGGGAUCAUCUGGGACAGUAUCUGCUUCGCCUUCCUGCUUCUGCAGAGACGGGUUUUCAUGAGCUACUACUUCCUCCACGUGGUGGCUGACAUCAGAGCGUCGCAGAUCCUCGCGUGCAGAGGGGCGGAGCUUUUCCAGGCCACGAUCGUGAAGGCGGUGAGAGCCAGACUGGAGGAGGAGAGCAAAUCUGUGGAGCAGCUGAAGAGACAGAUGGAGCGCAUUAAGGUGAGGCAGCAAAAGUUUAAGAGGGGCAAGGAGAGGAUGCUGAGCAUGGCGCAGGAGUCUGGAGAAGGACAUACCCUCGUCCACCCCGAGGAAGAUGACGAUGAUGGAGCACAGCGAACGAAAGCCAAGACCAAAAAAAAGCAGUGGUGGAGGCCGUGGGUUGACCAUGCUUCCAUGGUUAGAAGUGGAGACUAUUACUUGUUUGAAACCGACAGUGAGGAGGAAGAGGAGGAGGAGGAGAAAAUGGACGAUGAACAGCCAAAGAAGUCGGCGUUUCAGUUUCUUUAUCACGCCUGGAUCACAGACCCCAAAGCUGCCCUGAGGGCACGAGUCAAAGAGAAACGCAAAUUUUGGAAAAAGUACACUAAAGGAGUUAGACACAGAAAAAGCAAGAAAGAUGGUCAUGUGACCAUAGAGGUUGGAGAUCUCUCAGAUGGGCAAGAAAAACGAGAGGAGGAAAAGUCCAGCGCUCCAGACAACAUCAUCAAGCGAGUGUUCAACAUCUUAAAGUUCACCUGGGUGCUCUUCCAGACGACGGUGGACAGCUUCACUAACUGGAUGAAUGACAUGUGCAGGGAGUACAUCGACAUCUCCACUGUGCUGCGUAUAGAGCGCUGCAUGCUGACCAGAGAGGUCAAAAAGGGUAACGUGCCGUCCAGAGAGAGCAUCAACGUCUACUACCAGAAGGCCAUGAGGCUCAACAUGUCCAGGCAGGCCAGUAUGGAUCAGCUAAGUGAGGACGAUUCGGCCUCGGGCUCCACCAGGGUCCGAAGAAGGCAUAGACCUUACCCCAUGGAGAGCCAGGACUCCACAGCCUCCAGGGACAGCAUAUCCAGCGCCUUCACCGAGGCAACCACACUGUUUUCUCGCCAAUCCACCCUGGAAGACCUCGAUGAGUGCGUUCUCAAAACCAGCGAGCGCGCCAGGCCAAAACUGCGUAAGAUGUGCGGCCUGGACGUUUCCAAUUCAUCCAUGGACAGCUGUAGCAGCUUCAUGUCCAGUGAGGCGACCCAGUGCGUCACGCUCUACUCCAGACAGGGCACCACAGACACCAUAGAUGAAGUGGAGGAUGAGCAGGAUCAAGGGGAAGACAAGCAGCAGAUGGCUCCCUGGGAAUCCCAAAAGCUAAGCGAGAGUGAGGGGGCCGAGAGCGGUGGCUGGAGUGACGGAGACCCCAGGGAGAAAGAGGAAGAGGAGGAGGCGGUAGAGGGUGAGGAAGGAAAAGAGGUACCAAAGGACCAGGAGAGGGAAGAGAGAGAAGAGACUCCCUGGGAGUCCUUUGGCCCAGACGAGGGCCCCUCCCUCAGGCUGGAGGAGACCGAGUCUGCUCAGCAGAAGGACUUCACCACUGAGAGUGAGGACGGGGGAGGACAGCAGGACUUCAUGCAGACAGGGGGGCGAGCAGGGCUGAUCUACACUCCUGAUACAGAUGCUUCUAAAAUGUCUGACGCUGACGUGCCUCCCAGCUACAGCAAGGCCGUCAGCUUCGACCGUCUGGAAUUAAGCGAUGACGAGAGUGACAUGGACAGGAAGAGGCGUAUGGUUAUGACCUCAGACAGCCACUCAGACAGCAGGUCAGACCUCUUCCUGCCCUCCGUGACUACCGAGCUGACCGCCAGCGAACUGCUGCUUAACAAGAUGUUUUACGAUGAGGAGCUGGAGCAGUCGGAUGGAUUCUACCAAAAGCAGCCUCUGAUCCUCCAGCUCUGCUACGCCCUGUACAACAUGCUGGUGGCCCACUCAGAGAUGGUGUGCUACCUGGUCAUCAUCGUCAACCACAUGGUAUCGGCCUCCUGUGCCACCCUCGUCCUUCCCACCACCAUCUUCCUCUGGGCCAUGCUGUCAGUGCCCCGGCCCAGUAAGCGCUACUGGAUGACUGCCAUCGUCUACACUGAGGUCACCAUCGUCGUCAAGUACUUCUUCCAGUUUGGCUUCUUCCCCUUCAACCACGACAAUAUAUUAGUAAAGAAUAGACCAUAUCACCCUCCCAACAUCAUUGGAGUAGAGAAGAAGGAUGGCUACGUCCACUGCGACCUGGUCCAGCUACUGGCUCUCUUCUUCCACAGAUCCAUUCUGAAGUGCCACGGUCUUUGGGACGAAGACGACUCCAAAGAAAGGAGGGAGCUCUCUCGUCAUAGCGUGUCAGAGGACGAGGGAAAAGACAAGGAGGAGAGUGAGAAGGGCUCUGAACGCGCAUCGCUGAUGAGUGAGGGCAGAGGCUCCACUCACACCUUGAGAUCCUUAAACUUUGGGACCUCCAUUGACUCAGGACAUGUGCAGGUGCAGUACCCGCAGCAGCAGACCUACCAGCGUCGCAAGAGCUCCAGCGGAGCCUCGUACAUUUCUCACCGAUCUCUCCACUCUUCUGCAAGAUCCAAGAGAGGAAGUAUCGCUUCUCACAACAGCAGCCACAAGGACGGCAGCGAGGCCAGCGUCCAUCAGAAGACCCGCAAACAGAUGAUCAUGGAGAAGCUGAGGGAGCAGCUCCUCAAAGGAAAAGCUUUCAUCGUUAAGCGGGUCUUGGGCAUCUACCUUCCUAUCAGGCAGUUCUUCUUCAACUUGAUCCACCCGGAGUACAGCGCAGUCACAGACGUCUAUGUGCUAAUGUUCCUCUCUGACACCAUCGACUUCAUCAUCAUUGUGUUUGGAUUCUGGGCGUUUGGUAAACACUCGGCUGCAGACAUCACAUCGUCCCUGUCCGAGGAUCAGGUGCCGGGACCUUUCCUGGUCAUGGUCCUGAUCCAGUUUGGGACCAUGGUGGUGGACCGGGCCCUCUAUCUCAGAAAGUCUGUCAUGGGCAAAGUCAUCUUCCAGGUCAUCCUGGUCUUUGGCAUCCACUUCUGGAUGUUCUUUAUCCUGCCAGGAGUCACAGGAAAGCGUUUCAGCGAGAACACAGUCGCUCAGAUGUGGUAUUUUGUCAAGUGCAUCUACUUCGGGCUGUCAGCCUAUCAGAUCCGCUGUGGUUAUCCCACCCGCGUUUUGGGGAACUUCCUCACCAAGAGCCACAAUUAUGUCAACCUCUUCCUGUUUCAAGGUUUCCGUCUGGUGCCGUUCCUGACGGAGCUGCGAGCUGUGAUGGACUGGGUUUGGACCGACACCUCGCUGUCUCUGUCCAGCUGGAUCUGCGUGGAGGACAUCUACGCUCACAUCUUUAUCCUCAAAUGCUGGAGAGAGUCUGAGAAGAAGUAUCCCCAGCCGCGAGGCCAGAAGAAGAAGAAGGUGGUGAAGUACGGGAUGGGAGGGAUGAUUAUAGCGCUGCUGAUCUGUAUCGUCUGGUUCCCGCUGCUCUUCAUGUCCCUCGUGAAGUCGGUAGCCGGAGUCGUCAACACACCGCUGGAUGUGUCGUUUAAAAUCACCCUGGCUGGCUUUCAGCCCAUCUUCACCAUGAGCGCUCAGCAAAAACAACUGCACAAUGUGCAGGCAGCCGAGUUCAAAACGUUUAUGCUGAGAUAUGAAAAAAAAGACAAAAGCAUGGAUGACGCCUUGCAGUGGCUGGAGCGCUACACUCCAGAGGACCUGAUCAUUGCAGAGCUGAAAGGCAGCUCCAACUCUCUGUGGACCAUCAGUCCGCCCAGCAGAACCAACCUGAUAGAGAUGUUGAACAGCAAGGAGGAAUUCCCCAUCACCGUGUCCUGGUCCGUGCAAAGAAAUCUCACUUUUGGUGCCAAGGCUGAAAUAGCGUCGGGAAAGCGAGUGACGGUUCUCGACGUCGGCACAAGAAAGGAGCUCAUAGCGCUCCUAAACGGGACUAGAAGCAAUACACAAGUGAUCAUAAAAGAGAUCUUCCCUCGUUUUAUUCGAGCCCCGAGUGACUCGAUUGCCAAGUCUGUUGAUGAUCUUUACGAAGAUGGAAAGAUGUUGAACAUGAGCUUGACCUUGGUUCGGUCUGACAGCAACUCGAGUCAGACCCAGGAGUGGUGGAUCGUCAACCAGAUGAGUCCUGGCCCGAUAAGUGAUAAAAGCACCUCUGACACCGAGAUCCUGGAGCUCUACGUGUUCAGCGACCAAGUCAGCCCGCCCAGCUUGGGCUUCCUGGCUGGAUAUGGGAUCAUGGGCUUGUAUGCCUCUGUGGUUCUGGUCAUCGGCAAGUUCGUGCGCGAGUUUUUCAGCGGCAUUUCCCACACCAUCAUGUUCGAGGAGCUGCCCAACGUGGACCGCAUCCUCAAGCUGUGCACAGACAUCUUCCUGGUCCGAGAGACGGGCGAGCUGGACCUGGAGGAGGACAUGUACGCCAAACUCAUCUUCCUCUACCGCUCUCCAGAGACUAUGAUCAAGUGGACCAGAGAGAAAACUCAGUGAAACUCUGCGAGGAGACGUUAACUAAUGAAGGUCGGAGCUCACGUGAGCAGCUAUUUCAGCCGCUGAGGGAGCACAAAGUCAGCUGAGGACAAACCGUCCGCUGCAACUGACGGCAGCGAUACAGUAAUAGCUCCACACUAAAACACUUUGAGUUCUAAACUGGUAUUUUAUACUAUUAACCGAUGAAAAACAGUCAUAUUAUUAACGAUGGAGGACAGAUUCGCCGGUGCUCUAUUUAUCUCACAGGCUCAGUUUGACAUCCAGUGGGAAAAAUAAGCAGCUGGUGUCCAGUUGGAGAUGUUGAACUCUUUCAAGACAAUUUUCCCUAAGUUAUUAAAAAGUCAUAUAUAUAUAUAUAUAUAUAUAUAUAUAUAUAUAUAUAUAUAUAUAUAUAUAUAUAUAUAUAUAUAUAAAGGAAGGUUUUUAAACACAGAUGCCCAUUACCCUCGUCGCUCUUCAUGCCUGCCUCUAACAUUUUUUCACAGUCGCAACUUCAGGCAGAGAGAAACCGGCUGCAACAUUAAUCUUUAAGGGCUUCCCACAAACAAAGCCGUGCACAAUAAUGACACCAUGAGCACAAUCUCAAAUGUUCUCCCGACUGGAACGCUUGGACUGUGGGACUGUGCAAUAUGGAGCUCUCGUUCCUCCAAGUUUUUUGAAGGAUGUGGACCCAGGGUCAAAGGUCAGAGGCCACAUGGGAGCCUCCUGAGAGACACGACGCAGAAAACAUUAUCAGACAAUCUUUACUUGCCUUAUUUUGUUUGUAUGAGAAGAACUACAUACAUAUCUUUCUCAGGAAGAGCUGUUUUCACCGAUAUUCACUGUAUGAGUUAUAUGUUACAAUAAGGAGGCUUCGACGGAUCUAAAACAAUAUGAGAUUGUAGAAAAAGAACUAUUUAAAUGGCAUGAAAUUUAAUGUGGAUAUUGUUGAGAUGGACCGAUACCGAGUAUGUUUACUGCACAGGGAAAGUACAUGUAUUGCUGUGGACUGUUUUUUCCUCACAGAGAUUAAUUGCCAAUCCUCCGUGUUCUGAUCGACAGGUUGGUUACAGUUUCUGAAUCAGGGUAGCGUGCAUUAGGCGGUAGAUUCCUGCACAUCACUUGUCAACCUCUUGCUGUUUUUAACAUUCAUACUCAUGAACACUGUGGCGCAUUCAGUCAUCGAGGGGGGGAGGGAAACAAAAAAGAUUCCUCACAUGAAGGGCUGAAACACGAAGCCCUUUGGUCCAAACUAUGCAUUAGAGGACAUUGUAGCAUGAUAGAAAAACUUCAUUAUUGCCAUGACUAAUUUUCAUUACAUGUACAUACGAGUUUAAGGGGGACAGGUCACGGUGGAAUGAAAUGUGAAAUUGUACCUGUAUGUUUAAGGCAAUGUUAAAAGGUGUGAUAGAGGUCCAGAGAUCUGCAAAUAAAACAUCUGGAAAGGUGUCGA